AUGACGCGAACCGAACCUACAAAUAGCACAACAUCGUGGGAGACCAAGAGUAUUGCUGCUCUCGAUGAUGGUCACCGAAUUGACUCGGUCGGCCAAGAUCCUCGCCCCAGAGGGCGGAUCCGUCGCUCCAUGACUGCGUGCAAUACAUGCCGUAAGCUGAAGACUCGAUGUGAUCUGGAUCCCCGAGGACAUGCUUGUCGUCGCUGUCUUUCACUCAGACUCGAUUGUGAAUUGCCAGAGACCCAAGAUAGGUUCCAGGAUAAUGCGUCUACUUGGUCAGACGCUAACGCGGCAAUCCCUUCCAUUGAGGAGCGGCUUGUUUCCCUGGAACGCGGCAUGGGCGAGAUGAUUCAUUUGAUGCGUCAGAUGGCCAAUCAAUCAUCUACAGUUGCUGGUAGCCCGCAUUCCCAUGGAACACGCAGCGUGGAUGAUGUGGCAUCGGGCGAUAAUUGGCCGGUGCCAUCGUUUACGUUAAAACCGGUGCAGUUCAUUCGGGACCUGCAAAUUGAAUGCUUCAGAGAUCAGCUCUCCACCGAAGCAGAUCUGCUGGGCGAUAUUGUGUCGCAGGGGAUAAUUGAUGCUAAGCUAUCCUUGAAACUGAUCGAACUAUUUGUCGAAUAUUUCAGCCCUUGGGUCUCAAUAGACCUUUCAUCCAGCAUUCAGAGAACGGAUACACUGCUUUUCAAUACUGCAUGUCUUUUGGCAUCUCGAUAUCUCCCAGGAAUGCCUGCAAAUACAAUUCACGAAAUUUCAAUGCAAGUGCAGCAUGGAGUCACCAAAACCCUCUGGAGACGGUCACCCUUGACAAAUGACCUGCUCCAAGCACUUGCAUUGCUUUGUCUCUACCCUACUUCAGGUCACAAAGAAGGAUUCAUGGAUGGCUGGUUGUUGAGCGGGAUCUCGAUCAACCAUGCCUUGACUUCUUUCAAUUUUCUCAAUAACCUCCCCUCCAAAAGUGUUUUGACCGAUGAGAUGCUCUCUCAAAUGCGUCUCUGGAAUACCUUCUGUCUCACUCAUUUGCAUUCUGCACUCGGAUACGGCCGCUCUGUUAAUUUACAGCAACAUCAACUUGAUCAUUGCACUCGCAUUCUAGACCAUCCUAGGGCCACACCCGAGGAUGGCAGGAUUGUCGCAGAAAUCAAACUCUACCGAAUCGCUUUGAAAAUCCAGUACAACCUUCAGCGUCUACGAUUUGCCGAGGGCGAAUACGAGGAGAUUGAACGAUGGAAAAUGGAAUGGGCCCAUCUGAUCGCGAAUGAAGGACCAUCAACCCUCGAGCUCAGUAUCUGGUUCUGCCAGUUACUGCUCCACAGAACCGCGUCUCGGCUCCAACCAGAAUCCGACAGGCUGGUCACCGAAAUAUGCAGCAAUGCGCGUUUGAUAAUCUCCCGUUCCCUCCAGACUCGCUUUUCGGCUGCGCCAGGAUUGAUCGAUAACGUCUACUACAUCCUUGGAUAUGCUGCUCUCACCCUGUGUGAUUAUAAUCCAUCGGAUCCUCAGAUCGAUCAGGUCCGGGCCUUCCUGCUCCACCUUGCUCCAAGUAGCGACCAUCUGGCGUAUAGGAUUGCGUGUAUUGUCGGAGAAGUCCAGCGCAGAUAUUCCGAAGCAGCUAGCGCUGAGCAAGCUUCACCUAGCGCAGAUGUGCUUAAGGGCUCUUUGUUUGUGGUACAACCAUCUCGAUCUGGGAAUCUGGAUUUGACGCACCUCAUGCCUGCAUCUGGCAUGGAGCCCCUUGUUGAGGGAUAUGGAUGCUUUGAACAGCUCAUCCCUGCUGGAUACGUCCCCACGCAACCGGCAUUUUCGGCGCCUGCUAUGUUUCAACAUCAUCCAGCGCCAGUUACUGGAGGUGCCAUGCCCGUGAGCCUGGUGCCGCGGGCAUUACAUGAUCUAUGAGGGGCUUGAUAUUGGAGUUAGAGGGAAUCUUUUAAGCAAUGGUAAUAAUGAUAGGGCUGGAAUGAUGGGUUAGCGAAUGGAUAUACGAUUAUUGUGUCCCUAAUUACAUCAACUCGAAAACACUCCAUAACUACAGAGCAACCUGGGAAAAACAUACGAAUUCGUUAUCUUGAC